AUGGAACAUGAUAUAAUAGCUGCUUUACGAUUUCUUAAUGUGAACAGCAAACAUUUAUUAUCAGACCCCCAUAAUCGUGUGAGUUCGUUCCGAGCAAAAACACUUGCUGAACUUUGUGCUAGAAACUUCUACCGUUCUCUUACUUCAUCUGACAUAACUUUAAAGAAACAACUUGAAUUAUUUCAGAAGAUUCCGAAUAUAUAUGUUGCUUCUAUGAUAAUGAAUUAUAUUCCGUCGAUUAACACUAUGAGUUCUAUCUUUACACCACAUUGGAUAUUAGAGCAAUAUUUUUGUGACCAAAAUGAUAUACUCGACAGGAUUGAUCAACAGUAUAGAAUAGAUGAUAGUGGCGAUGCUCUCUCUUCCAUUAUACAAAUGUUUAAUGACUUAGAUAAAGUAAAGAGAUACCCCUUUAAAAUUAAUAUCCAUUUAUAUUCAUAUCUUAGCCAAACAGAAAGGUUAGCACAGUUGAAAAAUUUGUGUGAGGUAUCAUUUUAUGAACAAAAUCCAGAGAUCUUAGAAAAAACUAUAUUGGGGUGGUUGACGUGUAUUAAGGUUAACGUCAAGACAUGGAGCAGCGUAACUCGUUUGAAUAUACCGUUUUUACGAGAUCCUAAAAUAUUAUUCAAACUACUUUAUUACAUUCCAUCUUUGGAUAUGGUAACUGUUGGUAUUGAAUCAAAUAUAAUACAAAAUAUUCCUGUAUUACGUCAUUGUUUGGUAUCACAUUCACUUGGACAAGAAUAUAUAUCCAAGAGAAAACUUGAGGAUGAUUAUCCAACACCAAUUGAGAUACGAACCAAAACUUUUCCAAGCAAAGUUGUCAGGACUGUUCGUGAUGGUAUAAAUAUAUAUUACUUAACGGUUCCUCUAAAUACAAUUGAGAAGGCAAGACAGAUAGAAGAACAUACGGUGAAAAAAGCUCCAAAACCAAAACGCCAAUUAAACAAAUCUCGCAUAAAUAGUAAAUUUCUGGAAAGAUUUAAAUAG